AUAUUUAGUAAUAUGAUCCGGUAUAAAGCAAAUUCUGUAAAAUUACAGCAAUGCGCAGUAAUUAUCUUUAAAAUCUUUUGUCUUCUCUCAGCUGGCUUUUAGCAGGUUAGCUUUUUAACUAAAGACGGGAGGGAGCCACAGGGGAGUUCAAUCACAAGGCUUCAACAGCCUAAAGAUAUUUAUGGCAAAGCUAGACCACAAGAUCACCUGGUGGAGAUUCUGACCUCUAUCAGUACCCACCAGCAUCACGUCAUCUGUCAUCAUGUCACCACGAAAAAGACCCCUGAUUCCAGUAAACAGCCGGCGGAAAGCAACGGAUGAUUACUUCCCUUUCAACUUCCUGCCAGUGGAGUGCCAGCUGCAUGUCUUGUCCUUUCUGAAUGAGGUAGAUAAGUGUAGUUGUGCGUUGGUUUGCCUCAGCUGGAGUUGUCUUGUCCGCUCAUGGAAGCUGUGGCGGGUAGCUGACUACUCCCGUCGUGGUGUCUUCCAUUUGGAUCAAGAGGGGCUGCUUGUUUCCAACCGUGAGUUUGAGAGGUGGAAAUCCUGGGUCCAUCAUUACACCCACCACCUUAUCUCCCGCCGGGCAAGCCUGCUCACACUGAAGGCCAGCUUCGACCUGGGGGAUCACUGCAACAAGUGGGGCGAACUGCUGAGCCACCUGCUGGAUCAGGUUCACUGCAGAGACCUCAGCCACCUAGACCUCAACUGGACCUUUACUCUUCUUGAGCCACUGGACCUUAGGGUCCACUCCAGCUCCAGCUCACACCAGGACAGCAUUACCAAAAUGGACCAGGUGACCAGUUUCCAGGAGCUGCUGACCAAACUGACCCAGAGCUGCCCACGCAUCACUAAGAUGCGGUUACAUUUUGACUGGUCGGAUGCAUCUGUGUCGCUGCUCACACAGUUCCAGCAGCUCCGAGUCCUUGAGCUCAAAUACUUCUGGGUUUUUAAAGGAGUGACUCCCUCGACGCUGCAGACCCUAACCAAAUCCCUGCCUAGCCUGAAGUCUUUGACAUUACACAUCUUGGUGCCGCUGAGGAACCUCGGCAUUUCAUACACUCUGGACUCUGAAUCUUUGGAGUUCCUGGACGUGUCGCCAAGCCGAGGCCUAGUCUUCUCCUGUCUGAAGCUGCCUGCCCUACGUGAGCUUCGGGCCAAGAAGAUUGUCCGUGGUAUUACACUGGACCGGAGGACCAGGCUGAGGAUUCAGAGGCGGUGGCCUUGCCUGUACCACGUCCUCCGAGAGGGGACACCAAAACUUCAGACCCUAAACAAUGAGAGGCUCCUUCCCACAUGGAGAGAGGAAAGCUAUGUGGAGCUGUGCACCAUCCUAGCACAGUCCUGUUACUGUGUUCAGCAUCUAGACAGCUGGCUUUGGUAGACAACUUACUGACAAUAAAUGAAGUACAUCUCAUACUUGGUCAUUGUAGGUAGAUUCCAGAAGAAAGCAAUAUAUUGCUUUUAAACACAUUGUUUUCCUGAUUUGAAUGAACAGAGGGACACAGUUGAGGAUGAGAAACUGAGACUUGAUGCAAAAUCAAAUGAUGGAAAGUUAAUAAGCUUCUGUUAAUUUGGAAACGCUUUCCAAAAUGUUGAUAAGACACCGAUGUAAACCGCGCAUCUAAAUGUUUUUUUGUUUGUCCAGUACUUCCAAAAAGCAAUAGCACUUCAUGCUGAUUGCACUGUGUUGUGCUGCACUGGAUUCAUUCCCUCUAAAGACCAUUAACUACAUCUCCGCCUGAGCCUGUUUAAUAUGAAAAGAAGACCAAAUGACAAAUGUAAUGGCUUCUCCAAGUUGUAGAAAAUGCCUUUAAACCUAGCCUGUUCAAAGAGAAAACUGACAGGAGUACUAGCUCCCACAGCUGAAGAAACAAAAAACAACCCAGAAUAAAGGUAAAAUAUUCGGAGAAAAAAACUUGAAAAAGUUCUAUUUUCAGUAGGGAAAUCAUAAUAUUUUGAUGAUA